AGAACAGACAAAUAGGCCCUAAUUCCACUACCGGGAGACGCCGCACUUGCUGACCAGUUCAAAAAGUCUAAAUGUCGCCACCAGCAAUCUGCCGUGUUGAACGUCCUCACAUGAUAUCAAAAAGAUCAGCCCACCGUCACCUGAUCAAAUUAUAUAUCCCAACCUAUAUCUGGGUACGCACUCUUGACAGGCCAUACACGGUCGUUGUGCCAUAUUUUGCAGAGAAAUGCUGGACAAGCAACACCAUCUCAAACUAUGGCGCCAAAAACCAACACUACAACCGCCAAAACCCCCCCCGAUCUUCCUCACACAACCGUAAUCCGCCUCGCAUUCACAUAUUUCGGCGUUGUCUUUUCCACCGGCUUCCUCUUCGGCACCCUCCGCCAACUCUACAUCAUCCCCACGUACCAUCUCCCCUCAUCCAACACCGAAAUCAUUGAGGCACCACUCAUGUUCAUCGCUGUUAUUGUUUGGGCGAAUUGGCUAGUCAACCACUACAAGAUCCCCGCCAGGGCAACUGUGAGACUGGCAGUUGGACUACUGGGCCUGGGAGUUAUGGCUUGUGUGGAAUUCAUGGGGAGUAGAUUUGUAGGAGAGCGGGGUCCUGUAGAGGAAGGUGAGGAGGAGGAAUGGGCUGGGGUAGCUAGAGCGCUGUAUUUGUUUGACUUGAUGGUGUUUGGGAUCAUGCCUUGGAUUCUGAUGUUGAUGGAAAAGGGGCGGGGGAAGCAGAAGGCAGAGUAACUGGCUUGCAGAGGAAAUUCGAUAACAAUUUGAUCUGUAGACCCCAUCAUCCACUUGAGCUCAAAAUCCUUGAUAAAUAGAGUGACAAGAAUAACUCGUCCCUUCCAUUAUAGUCUGCAGUUCUGUAAAGACCUCAUCGUCUGUCAAUGCAUCAAUGCGUGUCAACACUUCUUUUGGCGAACGAGAGAAGGUCCGGUGAGUGAUGCGAAUAUACCGCGGAGGUCACAUAAAGUGAGGUUGUCAUGUAGAUGUAGAAAG